AUGGAGGCCCUGCGGAACCCCAUGCCCCUGGGCUCCAGCUCCGAGGAGUCCCUCCGGGAUGAGGCCUGCAGCUCCCAGACCAAGGGGGCCAGGGCAGAGGCUGACCCAACCCAGAAAGAAAUCCCCAGCCCCCGGGGAGACCCCCAGGGGAUCCCGAGUGAAGAGAGCAGUCCAGGAGCUGCUGGGAGGACCCUUCCCAGGAGGUCUCAGUCCUGGGACAGGUCCCUCAGAAGCUCCCAAAGUGACAGCCAGCGGGCUUCCAACCACUCAGCAAGUGCCAGGCCCUGGGGUCUCUUAGGACGACAAGCUGCGGGGACCAGAAAUGCAGGCCCCAGCGGCCCCUCAUGUGCCACAGCAGAGAGUCCUGGCUGCAACAAAGAAGAAGCCAGUGUAUACACCAAUGGCAGCAGCUUCCAGGGACAAGAUGUGCUUGCUGAGCUGCUGUGCACCGAGGGUGAAGGACGGCUGCCUGGCAUAGGAGACUCGCCCAACCGGGUGCCUGGGCAGGUGCUGGAAAUCAACCAGGAGCUGCUGCAGUCCGGGGUCGUCACCCUCCCAGGGACCCGAGACCGCCAGGGAAGAGCAGUGGCACAGGUCUGCCUGAGGGGCCCACUGUGGUCCAGCAAACACACCUCCAGUGCCGAGCUGAUCUGCCUGCUGAAGUACCUCCAUGGCAUCCCCAGGAAGGAGGUGCGGGACCUGGGGCUGGUCAUCCUGGUGGACGCACGCAAGAGUCCGGCUGCCCCUGCUCUCUCCCAGGCCUUGACAGCACUGCAGAACACAUCUCCUCCUACGAUUCACAGUAUUUUGCUCUUGGUGGAUAAAGAAUCAGCAUUUAGGCCUGACAAGGAUGCAACAAUUCAGUGUGAGGUGGUGGGCUCCCUGAAGGCCCUGCACAAGCUCGUGGACAACUCCCAGCUAACCGCAGACCUCGAGGGCUCCUUUCCCUAUAGCCACAGUGACUGGAUCUGCUUCCGGAGGAAGGUGGAGCCCUUCACCACAAACUGCGAGGAUGCCAUUGUUUUUCUACAAAAUUCAGUCCGCUCCUUGAAUGCCCACAGGCCCCUCAGCACAGCACAGGAGGUCAUGGAGUCAAUCAGCAAGCACAAGGCGACUAUGAAGCGUGUCCUGGAAGACACCCUGCUGGUCGCCCUCCGGCUGGAAGGUGGCACCGUGCUGGCACGGCUGAGGAGGGAGGAGCAUGGCACCAGUGAAGACUGCCGAGACACCAUCGAGGCCGCCUCCAGGCUGUACAACCAACUGGACGAAGAGGUCCAUAGGCUCGUCCUCACCUCCAACCGGUGUCUGCAGGAGCUGGAGAAUCUGCGAGAACUGAGGAUGCUCGAGGAGGGAGGUGACCGGUCACAACAUUGUCAGAAAGGACUACAGCUGACGGAAGAGCACAACUCACAAGACGCAGAGGGCAUGGUCCAGGACUUCAGACGGUGUCAGAGCGCCAUGGCUGGCCAGGCUGAGUGGAGGGACGGAGAGCUGGCCAGUUGGGCCCACCCGUCCGAGUUCUAUGAGUCGGUGAACAGGUGGAUGCUGCGGGGCAGCGAGUGCCUGGAACCCCGGGGCCCAGAGCUGGUUGCUAAGUGUUUGCCGGAGGCUGUGGAAGCGGCUUCAAAGAGCUUCCCCAGGGCGAGCGUGGCGGUGCCGGGCCUGGGCGGCCAGCGGGUGCUGGGGCAGUGGCUCGCCUUUGGGAUGCAGUGCCAGCAGACCCCACUCCACUCACAGGAGGCCCUUCCUGGGACCGCCCUGGGCCCUGCUGUCCCCCUUCUGGGCCGGAGCCCCCUGAAGCAUAAGCUUGCCCAGGGGACCAAGGGGAGGCACCAUGAGCCACCCUGGGUCCCCCUUACUGACCCCAAGGGCCGAGCUGGGGAGUGGGCCCAACUGCUGCCCAGCCUCCCUGGACAGGCUGCUCUGUGUGGUCAGGAGAGUAAGCACCUGAGCCCAGGUGUGCCCACCCCGGACAGCAGCUCCCCCUGCUCCUCUGAGUCCAUCCAGACAUCUGCUGGCCACCCCAGGAAACAUCCCCUGAAGAAAAUUAUGAAGAAAACACAAAACUUCGAGAUUCCACAGCUUAACAGUGACUCCAGGGACUCCCGCUGGCCAGGCCACACUGGGGCCUUCAUCAAAGGCCUGGAGGUGACCAGCACUGUGGCCUCAGAGAAGAAGCCCCCACUGAGGCCAUGUGCUGAGAGCCCCUUGGUCACUCGGAACCGGAGUCUGUCCUCUCCCUCCAGGAUCCAGUCCACCAAGGAGGAUGGGAGGAGGCGAGCAGGAAGCAACCGACUGCAGCACGUAAUGGCCGAGAUGAUUUCCACGGAGAGGGAGUAUGUUAGGUCCUUAGGAUAUGUCAUCGACAACUAUUUUCCAGAAAUGGAAAGAAUGGACCUGCCCCAGGACCUGCGAGGGAAGCGCAGCAUCAUUUUUGGGAACUUGGAGAAGCUCCACGACUUCCACUGCCAGCACUUCCUCAACGAGCUGGAACACUGCCGGCACUGCCCGUGGGCGGUGGGCCGCGGGUUCCUGAGACACGAAAAGCAGUUUGGCAUGUACGCGCUCUACAGCAAGAACAAGCCCCAGUCGGACGCCCUGCUCUGCGGCCGCGGCAACGCUUUCUUCAAGGACAAGCAGCGGAAGCUGGGCGACAAGAUGGACCUGGCCUCCUACCUGCUGAAACCUGUGCAGCGCCUGGGCAAGUACGCGCUGCUGCUGCAGGACCUGGUCAGGGAGGCUGGCCGCUGCCCCGCCCGCGAGCAGGAGCUGGGCGAGCUGCAGGCCGCCGAGGACAUGGUCCGCUUCCAGCUGCGCCAUGGCAACGAUCUGCUGGCCACGGAUGCCGUCCGCGGCUGCGACGUGAACCUGAAGGAGCAGGGGCAGCUCAGAUGCCAGGACGAGUUCGUCGUUUGCUGUGGAAGGAAGAAGUACCUGAGGCACGUGUUCCUUUUUGAAGAGCUCAUCCUGUUUAGCAAGACCAAAAAGGUAGACGGAGGCCACGACAUCUACGAGUACAAGCAGUCCUUCAAGACGGCUGAGAUUGGGAUGACGGAGAACGUCGGAGACAGCGGCUUGAGGUUUGAGAUCUGGUUCCGCAGACGGUGGAAGUCCCAGGACACCUACAUUCUCCAGGCGAGCUCCACAGAGGUCAAGGCCGCCUGGACCCAUGCCAUAGGGAAGAUCCUGUGGCAGCAGGCUCUGAGGAACAGAGAACUCAGAAGGCAGGAAAUGGUGUCUAUGGGGAUGGGCGACAAACCGUUCGUGGACAUCAAGCCCAGCGACGCGGCCAUAAAUGACCGGGCGAUCGAUUACAUCAUGCAGGGAACAGGGUCACGAACCCGAGCGUCCAUAGCUGUGCCCUCCUGUGACCACACCGCCCCCUUCAAGAGACCGCACUCCACCAUCUCGGACAGCAGCACUUCCUCCUCCAGCAGCCAGGCCUCCUCUGCCCUGGGGCAGCCGACCCUGCACGUGUCCACCAGCCUGGCCCACCGGGGCCUGCUGAGCCCUACCCUCUGCCCCUGGCCGUGCGAUAUCAGCACCUGUAUAGAGGAGGACAAGCUGGAGACAGGGAGCCAGCCUUCCACACGUGAGUGCAUGUUCGUGCUGGAGCAGCGCACGCUCCAGCCCCGGCAGCGGGUUUGGGUGGGGGAAACAGUUCACAUGUUCGUCUGUUUCAUUUGA